GCUCAGCAUGUCCGGCAGAGGCAAGGGCGGGAAGGGGCUCGGCAAGGGGGGCGCCAAGCGCCACCGCAAGGUGCUGCGCGACAACAUCCAGGGCAUCACCAAGCCGGCCAUCCGCCGCCUGGCGCGGCGCGGCGGCGUCAAGCGCAUCUCGGGGCUCAUCUACGAGGAGACGCGCGGCGUGCUCAAGGUCUUCCUGGAGAACGUCAUCCGCGACGCCGUCACCUACACCGAGCACGCCAAGAGGAAGACGGUCACGGCCAUGGACGUGGUCUACGCGCUCAAGCGCCAGGGACGCACCCUCUACGGCUUCGGCGGCUAAAGUGAUCUGACGUUAGACUGCGCUUUUAAAACACCCCAAAGGCUCUUUUCAGAGCCGCCCACUUACGCUGGAAAAGAGCUGUGUCCCUUCAACCUAGUCAUGACUUAAUACUAAAACCACUUUUUCACAACUUUGAUGUGUAAAUAGUUUGCUAGGUGGCCUUGUUAAGAUUAAAGUACUAAAGUAGUUACC